AUGGAUGGAAGGGAUGGCCCCUACGACGAACUCCUCCUCGUCCCCGGAAACUUCACCGUCCCACAACCAACAACCACCCCAUCCGGCCAACCGCACAUCAAGAUCCCAAAGAAAGCCCAACGCAUAUCCCGCAUCUAUGUCUCCCAGCGCACAACAACCUACAACGGGCGCCUAAACUGGAACAUCCCCAAACAGCUCGCUCGCUUCUCUUUCUCCGCACCACCAACCCCACCCGGCGCCUCGCCUCCAUCCACUCUCACCGUGCAAGUCUUCCCGCCUGGCACCAAAGAAGGAGAUGGCGGCGCACCGUUCUUUGCCUGUACUCUCAAACCAUGGCAAUGGGUUCCGCCAAUGCCGUUGAACACGAAAUACCUCCCUCUCAGCAUGGCCGCCGCGCAACCUCCCCUGCCAUCUGCGCCGGGUCAUGAGAAAGCGGUUAAAGAAGUGCAAGAAGGACUACAGGUAGACGACUACGACACAGACAUUAAGAAGAUGGACGCGGUGUUAGUAGGGACGCAGAAGUGGCGGGCGUUUGAUAUCGCGGCCGUCACGCCGAGGGCGAGGGGAUGCUGGGUUGAGGUGCAUGAGAAGAAGGAGAGCGAGGCUGUGGAAGAGGCUGAGGAGAAUUGGUGGCCGAGGGGACUGGGGGCGUGGAGUGUGGGGGCUUGGAUGGAGGAUGUGGAUUGGAAGUUGGGGGAGGUGGUUGAGUGGACGGUGUAG